AAUCAGGAGUACAUUGGUGGUUCACUGCUCUGCAUCCAAACCUUAGCUACAAAUACCAAGCACUUACUAUGAACUGAGCACUGGGCUGAUUUAUCUGAUUUAAUCUUCACACCAACCCCAUUAGGUAAGUACUUUUACCCUUCAGGAAAUUUUAAUCCCAGAGAUUUUAAGCAACUUGUCCAAGAUCACACAACUAAUAAGUGAUAAAAAGAUUUGAACCCAGAUCUGCCACUUAACAAGCUGUGGCAAGUUACUUAGGCUCUCCUGUUUCUUCAUUGGUAAAAUAGUUAACAGGACCCACCUCAUAAGGAUGUGAGGAUUAAAUGAGAUGAUGUAUAUAAAGCAUUUAACAUAGGACCUGAUAUGGAGUAUAUGUUCCUUUAAUAACAGCUAUUUUUAUUAUUUUCAUAAUGCUCUAACUAGCCUAGAACUACAGCCUUACCCCCAAGUUCCCUCAGCCUCUUAAUCUUCUCCUAUGCUAUGGUCCAACCUCAGUUCCUGCUACAGUCUCCAUUUCUUCUUGGUAACUGCAGACACCUGCUUUGUGAAGCCCUCCAUCUAUUUUAGGGGAUUGGAAGGUAUGAAAGCUAUUCUCAAAUAUGCAAAGACUCAAAAGAAAACUUAAACUUUUAUCACGAAAGACUGGAAAGCAGAAUUAGGGAUAAUUGAUUGAGGGUCGAGGGUGGGAGAAUAUGGGUCAAAAAGGAAAAAAAAAUUUUUUUUUUUUGGAUGAUGAUUUUUACUGUCCCCAAAUGGGAGGAUUUCCUUGUCAGCCUCCUAUCAAUGAACGGUUUCGAGCAGAUGACCUCUGGUCCAAGCUGAUGUGUGUUUGUGUGUUGUGUGUAUAGGUUUACAUAAAUAUGCACGUAUAUUAACCUGACAAUUGUAGAGUGUUAACUAUGUCAGACCCAAUGAUAAGUGCUUUGCAUGGAUUCUCUUUUAUUUAGUGCUCACAACAGCCCUAUGAGAGAGGGACGUGCUGCUGGGUUCCAAUUCUGACUUCGAAACUUACUAGCUGUGCCCUGGGACGGUCACUAACCUCUGUGUCUCAACUUCCUCAUACACAAAAUGCAAAUAACAAUACCUACCUCGAAGGCUGCUGUGCAGUUUAAAUGGAUUAAUGAAAUGCUCAGAGGAGAACCUGGCAUAUGUCGUCCGGGUUACGGGGCGCUAACGUGGGGAACGACUGGAAAGCAGCUAGAGAGGCAGGCUUUGAGGUUGCCAAGGAGCGGCUGGCAGCUGAUCUUCCGUUUCCGGUAACUGAGGCACGAGGAUCCGGCGUUCCGACCCAGCGGGAAAAUGCGGCCUCUGACUGAAGAGGAGACGCGAGUAAUGUUUGAGAAGAUAGCAAAAUACAUCGGGGAGAAUCUGCAGCUGCUGGUCGACAGGCCCGACGGCACCUACUGUUUCAGGCUGCACAACGACCGAGUCUACUACGUGAGUGAGAAGAUUUUGAAGUUGGCCGCCAACAUCUCCGGUGACAAGCUGGUGUCGCUGGGGACGUGCUUCGGAAAAUUCACGAAGACCCACAAGUUUCGGUUGCACAUCACGGCUCUGGAUUACCUCGCACCGUACGCCAAGUAUAAAGUGUGGAUAAAACCUGGAGCAGAGCAAUCCUUCCUGUAUGGGAACCAUGUGCUGAAAUCUGGACUUGGUCGAAUCACUGAAAAUACUUCUCAGUACCAGGGAGUCGUGGUUUACUCCAUGGCAGACAUCCCUUUGGGUUUUGGGGUGGCAGCAAAGUCUACACAAGACUGCAGGAAAGUAGACCCCAUGGCGAUUGUGGUAUUUCAUCAAGCAGACAUUGGGGAAUAUGUGCGGCAUGAAGAGACAUUGACUUAAAACGAAAUCAUCGCGAGGACUUAUGGCUGUGUGGAAGGGCCUAGCUUUGUUUCCUGUGUCUGUGUAGGCUCCACCAUCAUGUUGAAUUUUGUCAACACUGUGACCUCUUCAGGGACUUUUUAGUUUAAUGUUCUAUUAUGGAUUAAUGCAGGCUGGAUUCUUAUUAUGCAGAAAUGGCUCAAAAACGGGGUUUCGGAUCUUUGUGAUUAUGACUAACUAGAAUGCUGUGUUUUUUAUUUGAAUCAGAGGGCUUCUUGUUUUGAGUAACGGUUCUAAAUUGUUGGAACUGAGGACAAGAAUAGCAUAUUGUUGUUAUCUGUGAUAACACUGUUUUCCAAACACGUGAUAAGAACGUAAUGAGUUUUCUUAUUUAUUAAUACUAUGAAAGAUAGAUAUUGCCAUCAGGAUAGUAGAUCAUGUGUGGGAUUUUACAAAUGAAAUUUGGAUAAAAUAGUAAGAGCAGUUUAUUCUGCCGAUUUUCUUUACGGUAGGUGCUGUGUAGUGUGGAAAAAAAACUUGGAUUCAAACACCAGUUCUCACAUCUACCAGCUCUAUGGCCUUAGAUGAGUCAUUAAACUUUAAUAAGCUUCAUUUCCUUCUGUUUCAAAAAGCAGCCCAGCCGUCUUCCUAAGAAUAGUUUUUAGAAGUAGAAAUCAUGAUCAUAAAGCACCUAGCACAGUGCCUGGCAAAUAAGAGUGUUGAAUAAAUGGUAAGAAUUAUUUCUGUAAUGUUAAUACUGAGUAUUUCUGUUACUAAGAGUAGGAUCUUAUGAACAUAAUUUUAUUAUCUUGGCUUUUACAAGCGGUUUUCUCGCUCUUUUUCUUGAAUGGUAUGAUCCCAGGCUGAAUGUUAUUUUUAUCACCUUGAUUUCUAAAACAAUUUCUCUUAUAAAUCUUUUGGUUUUUUUUUUUUUUUAAUUAAAAAAUUUUUUUUAUUGUAGUAUAGUUGACGUAGAAUAUUGGGUUAGUUUCA